CAAAGGAACACGCCGCGAAGAGAACUGAAGUGUCGUAACUGUGUCUUCUGACGAUGGAAUGAUAUGGGAAACUCGCUGUUGCACGAGGCUGCAGGGGCCGGCGACGAGGCACAACUGUCCCGUCUGCUGGACGAAGGAGACAUCGGGGAACGGAAUCAGUUCGGGGAGACGGCGCUACACAUCGCGGCGGGGUAUGGCCAGACACAGUGCGUCAGACUGCUCCUGGACCGGGGCGCGGAGACGGACGUCAGGGACAAUAAAGGGAACACAGCUCUUCAAAUCGCGAGCGACUACGGCAGGACCCACUGCGUCCAAUUCUUGCUGGACAGAGGCGCCCAGAUCGACUCCAGGAACGAGACGGGAAUGACCGCACUUCACCUCGCCACACUCGGAGCGCGUGCCGACUGUGUCAAGCUGCUGAUCAAGAGAGGCGCUGCUGUCAACCUCGUCACCGAAACCGGGGAAACCGCCCUCCAUCUGGCAGCGACAAGGGGAGACGCCGAAGUCAUGCGGUUCUUACUAGAUAACGGCGCGGACAUGGAUGCAGCCAACAACCAGGGUGAAACCCCGCUGCACUGCUGUCUUCUGGGAGGGAAUCUUGAAUGUCUGAAGCUUCUGGCUGAGAACGGUAGAAACUUGGGUAAACCUGACAACGAAGGAAACACCCCCAUACACGCUGCAACUGGCGGUGGGAAAGGCGAGUGUCUGAAAGUCUUGCUGCAGUACGCUGCUGACACUGAAGCCAGGAACGCUGACGGCUCAACAUACCUCCACGUGGCAGUAGCUAAGGGUCACGUUGAAAGUACGGGGAUACUGCUGUCCGCGGGCGCUGAUCCAAACGCAACGAACAAGGCAGGAGAAUCCGCACUCCAUAUUACUGCUGAAGCCGGGCACACAGACUGUCUCAGGGCACUGGUUGAUUCCGGGGCGAACAUUAACAUGAAAGAUCCCAGGGGUCAGACGCCAUUGCACAAAGCGGCUGCCUGCGGACAACUGGACUGCGUGAUAGCUCUCCUAGAUAACUCAGCAGACCCGACAAUUACUCGCGAGGAUGGCUACAAUUCACUCCACGUGGCAUCGAUCGGUGGACAUCCUGAAUGUGUUGCCGUCAUAUUGCAGCACAACCGAUGGGUUGCAAACACAAACCUCAGAGUUGGGACCGCGUGCCAGCUAGCCGCGACGGAAGGCCACUUGAAUGUUCUCAAAGUGUUGGUGAAGGCAGGCUGUGACAUCAACGAGAAUCUUGAAGAUCAGGGCACAGUGCUCCACGCGGCUAUGUCCCACGACCACUACGACUGUGUUGCUUAUCUCCUGGACCACGGCUCAGACGUUCAUGCGACGAAUCGACAAGGAGCGACAGCUCUGGAACAGGCAGCGUUCGACGGGCUCUCUCGCUACGUGAAACUGUUUCUUGAGAUGGGCUCAAACGUUAACAGACGCAGUUACAAGGGACAUACAUGUCUCCACAUCGCAGCAUCUCGAGGUCACACUAACUGCACCUCCGUGCUGCUAGAAAAAGGUGCAGACGUCAACAUAAGAAACGACAAAGCGUCAACCCCUCUCCACUUGGCGAUCUGUGAUAAUAAUCUCGGUUGUGCAAAGCUGCUGGCACAGACGAAAGGCGCAGACCUCAACAUCAAAGACUCUGAUGGAAACACACCGGCACACGUUGCCGCAGCGAAUGGAUACGUGGAUUUUCUCGCCCUCUUGUUGGAACACGGAGCAGACCCAGAGAUCAGGAACGAUUCGAAAGCAACGCCUCUGCACAGGGCUGUCGCGCACGGCCACUUGGAAUGUGUAAAGCUGCUAAUUGAGAGAGGUGCGGACUACGACGCAACCAUCCACGGCGGCAGCAGCAUGUUGCAUCUGGCAUCGUCCCGGGGACACACCGGCCUCGUGGCAUACCUCUUAGAGAAGGGGGUUGACCCGUCGGGAAGAAACGAGCAGGGUGCUACAGCAGUUCAUCUCGCCGCGUUUGAAGGUUUCGUGGAUUGUCUGAGACUGCUGACCGAGAGAGGAGCCCAACUUAACUUGGACUGCGGUGGGCAAGGGACGGCGUUGCAUGCCGCAGCGUCAAGAGGCCAUGCCCACUGUAUCGCGUAUCUCCUGGACAACGGGGCGGACAUGGAAAUCGUCAAUGAACAGGGAGCAAGUGCAUUCCAUAUGGCGGCCCUUGAAGGGCAAGUAGAGUGCCUGAAACUGUUCCUCCAGAGAGGAUUUGACAUCAGUGUCGGAGGUCACGGCACGGCCCUUCACGCGGCUGCUUCCAGGGGUCACACACACAGCAUCGCGUUUCUUUUGGACAACGGGGCAGAUCUGGAUGCCAGGGCACAACAUGGAAACACCGCGCUGCAGGUGUCGUUGACAGCGGGGCACUUGGAAUCCACCAAGUUGUUACUGCAGAGAGGUUCUGACGUAAACCAGAGUGAUGAAGACGGGGAUACUGGCUUGCACAUAUCAGCCGCUCACGGAGAUAUCGAGUCCCUUGCUGUAUUACUUGAAAACGGAGCAAACGUGCAGGCUAGAAAUGGGCAUGGCGCCACUCCUUUACACUAUGCGAUUCACGAAGGGCACGUGGAAUGCGCUGAUAGACUUCUGGCAGCAGGAGCGGAUUUACAUCAUGGAGCGGGCUUACAUUCCACCCUACCUAACGGAGAUAUGGCAGUGCAUAUAGCAGCAAGGGACGGGAACGCGGAGUGUCUGAAGAUCCUUAUUGAAAAUGAUGCUGACAUAAACGCAACGAACUGUGCCGGAUGCACACCACUCUACCUGUCUGCAGAAUUCGGACAUGAAGACUGCCUGAAAGUUCUACUUGAAAAAGGAGCUCAUAAAAGUUUUAAGACCGAACACGGGACAACAGCUCUGCAUACUGCAGCACAGAAUGGUCACACUAAAUGUGUCACCUUGCUCGUCGACAACGGAGACGACGUGGAAGUCACUAACGACAUCGGAGCAACGCCUCUGUUCUUUGCCGCCGUCGCGGGUAACCUGGGUUGCGUCAAAGCUCUCCUAGACAAAGGAGCUGACAUAUCAAGGAAAACAAAUGACGGGAGCACAGUACUGCAAAGUGCGUCGGCAUUUGGAAUGAUGGAGUGCAUGAACGUUCUGAUAGAGCACGGCGCCGACAUAAAUGCCAAGAGGUCCGACGGAUCCACGGCUCUGCACCUCGCAGCUCAAGAGGGCCACGUUAACUGCUUGAAGAUGUUGAUAGAUAAAGGUUCGGACCCAAAUGAGCAAGAUAAGAUCGGAAGGACAGCCAUGAUAGUAGCAGCAGAGAACGGCAAUGUAAUAUGCAUAAAAGAGCUGAUUGACAGAGGCGCAGACAUGAAUAUAAGCUCAGGCGAAGGAAACACCGCCCUACACGCGGCUUCUGUGUUCGGCCACCCGAAAUGCAUUAAGGUUUUGUUAGAAAACGGCGCUAAUCUCGUGGCGACGACUCGACAACGAGCGACGACGCUCCACCUCGCAGUCGACGGCGGAGACAGGGAGACUAUCAACACCGUACUGGACAGAGGGAUCGGCGUCAACAACCGGGAUGCAGAUGGCGACACUGCCCUCCAUGUGGCGGCGAUGAACGGUGACGUCACGGCGCUAAGGAACUUACUGAGCCACGGUGCUGAUAUUCAUGCAGCCAACAAGAACUCCGAGACGCCAUUACAUGCGGCCGUAAUUGAGGGCCACCUGUCUUGUGUAAAAAUGUUGCUUGACAGCGGUGCCGACGUCAGGAAGAAGACCCUGAGAGGGGACACUCCACUGCAUGCAGCAGCCUUCUGCGGCAGCGUCCUCUGCGCCGGACUCCUGCUAGAACACGGGUGCGAUAUCCACGCGACGAACAACCGAGGAGAGACGGCCGUACACGUCGGCGCCAAAAGGGGUCACCUGGAUUUACUAAAAGCUCUGUUUGAGCACGGGGCAGACCUGAACACGAAGACGGUUUAUGGGAACACGGCACUGCACUUUGCGGCCAUGUGGGGUCACUUCAGCUGCACUGAGCUGUUGCUGGAGAAUGGGGCAGACGUUCACUCGCGAAACAAGAAGGGUUACACGCCAUUGCACUGUGCGGCAGACAGCGGGCACGCGGACUGCGUGAGCACGCUCAUCGAGAACGGGGCGCCGCCAAACCUGAGGGACUACAACGGGGCCACGGCACUUGACGUCGCCAAGAGGAACGAAAACAACAAAUGCACUGACGUUUUGUCUGACAUCGGCGGGAAGUUUUCCAAGAAGCGGCAGGGGAUGUCCAAAGCCAUCAGGAGAUUUUUCUACUGCGUUUAAUCACUGGCGGUGCUACGUUCGUCAUUUUUGCGAUGGAAGAUAAGACGACAUAAACAUUUAAUUCUGUAAAGUAGGCUUGGUCUUAACUGUCGGAGUCGGCUGUGGUAAUUAUCCUUACCAAUUCUCUAAACCUGUAGCCAGUGUAUCAAUCAUCGUGAUUUGCUCGUCUUAUGUUCGCUAUUAAUCUACAAGUUCCCGCUGAAAUUUCUAUGGCCAAUACACCCUAAUUGCAAUAAAUAAUAAAAGAAACAUAUGCAAGGUCUUAUGUAAAGUUCUGUGUUAAAUUAAGUAAUGCUGAUACUCGGCAGGUAAAGGAAGAUGGAACUUGAAGCUGG